AAAAAGCACUACUUUAAGCACAAUAUCACUCAUAUUCAAAGAACCCAACCCAUAAACCUUCCAAACCUGAAAAACAAUGGCUUCUUAUCAUUGUAGUAUUGUUCUAUCUCUGGCUGUGAUGCUGUCAAUAUCAAGCAUCCACAUAUGCCUAGCAGCUCGCAACCUACUGCAAAUAGUGCCCACAAUUCCAUCUAUGCCCAAGGCCACACUCCCUCCACUGCCUGCAAUGCCGACCAUGCCCCAAGCCACAUUGCCACCAUUGCCAAGUACACCUUUGCCCACAAUGCCAACAAUCCCAAGAUUUCCAAUGCCCACAUUGCCACCGCUUCCAACCACCCAAAUUCCAUCCACUGUUCCUAAGUUGACUCUGCCACCACUGCCAGCUACUUCACUGCCCACCAUUCCCACGACGAUUCCUUCAAUCCCAACCAUCCCAACAACAAUGCCUAGAAUUCCAUUCUUCUCACCUCCUCCAUCAAACUAAGACCCCAUGCCACCAAGUGAUAGCAUUCCAUUCAUCUUUCUCUUAUAUUUAUUUCGUGUGUAAUAAAGUUCCUCAUACAUGUGUGGUUUUGAGGAGUCAGAUUUUUUAUUUUUUAUUUUUUUUUCUCUUUUUGAGAGUGAUUGUAUUAUUAAUUUGUUGUACACCUUAGAAUGUAUUUUCUAUUGUCAUUUUAAACAACAUUACAUUU